AUGUGGAUAGUCGUACAAUUAAAAAUUAAUAAUAUAUUUCCUAAAUCGAUAACAUCGAAUAUGAUUGAAGGAAUGAAUCACGUAUACAAACAAAUUACUGACUGGAAGCUUGUGACAUUAGAUCGAUUAAUAUUAACGUUUUAUCACUUGCAAGGAUAUUAUAUCAAUGAGGUGGAACGUGGCUAUUGUGGUCGAGGUACAACAUCCAGCUAUCAAAAUAAGGAGAAACGAAAACCUUUGUCACAGUCUGAAUUAGCUGAUCAAUUGUUAAAUGAACAUAGAGUUAAGCUCGAUGAUUUUACAGUCGCUGUGCAAAGAAAAUUAAAUUUUAUGAAAUUAACACUGAAACAACCCAAAGCAAAUUGCGCAACAUUGAGAAAAGCCUUUAAAUCAGCUGCUGGUAUAAAAAUGUUAGGAAAAAAAAAGCCAACUGAGUGGGAUAAAGAGAAUAAGAAAGUCUCCGUUGUUAAAAAGAAAACGACUAAACCGUGUAAUGGAAAAAAAAAUAUAACACAUUCAGCUCAAGAAUCGACAGAAGAAGCAGAAGAAGCACCACCUCCAAAAGUAGGUAAAAUCUACGUCAGUGACAGAUGAUUGAUUGCUUUUACAUUAAAGCGAAUAGCAUUGUCUAAUGUACAAAAUAGUCAUUCAUCAAUAUUAGCACUGACUGGUUCGUUA